AUGUUUGAUAAACUGAAGGCCAAGGUUGACAACUUCAAGUUGAAGCACAAACAUGACAGAGAUGUGAAGGCACUGGUCAAGCCACACGAGGACGAAGUCGAACAUGCACACAUCCCAACACCCCCACCAGACAAUGCGGGGCCCUCAACUCGCCCUGAGCACAGGAUUUCCUCACUAGAAACCCCGAAGCAAGAGAUAGAAGAUGUGAAAGACUCCUGGCGUGAGGCGCUUCAAUCCCUACCUCUUGAGAAGCAGGAGGCUCUGAAAGCCAUGGGUCUCGAUCAACUAGAAUCCGGAUCUGUAAACUUCAGCUUCAACGACUUGGUCGAAAUUGUGAACGAAAGACAGAAAGAAUGCGAAAGCAAGUUCUGGCGUAUAUCCAUCCCCCUAGGUGAAUCAGAACAAAUGGCAGCACUUCUUGGAACCACCGAAAAGAUCGUGCGCAUUAUCUGUCGCGGGCAGGCUUAUGAGGAGAUCUAUCUCAAUCCAAAAUCUCAAGGUUCUUUUGAUUCCGUUACAAAGAAUCUUGAAACUGGGCUGAUCAAGAUAUACGCUACCUCUCUCGAUAUUUUGGCAGAUGCCGGUACCCUCUUCUCCAAGAAUACUGCACAGCGCACGUUCGAAGCCAUCGUCAAUCCAGAAAAGGCUUCCGGUGCCCUCUCAGAUAUUGAUGAGCAGGAAACUCAACUUCUCCUUGAUAUCUAA